AUGGCCUUCGCGCUGUGCUUUCGCCCCCUCGUCCCCUCCAUCGCCGCGUCCUCCGUCUCCUCGCGCUCUGGCGGAUCGCAGCUAGGUCGAGAAGGGCAGCGCGCGAUGCUCCCCGCGUGCGCCACCUCCGGCCUUCCGCGCGCGCGCGCCUUGCUUAGUCCGCGCUCUGCGUCCGCCAGUCGGCGCGCUUCCCUGCUUACUCCGCGCUGUUCCGCGGGGGACGGAAAUGGGGCGGAAACAGAGGGGGGAGGGGCGGAGGCAGGAGCAGGUGUCGGGCACGCAGGGGGGGAAAACAUUCUGCGCGUCGUGUAUCAUAGGGCCGACGGUGACUACAAUGGAUGGGGGCUGCACGUGUGGGGCGACGUGGAGGCAGAGACCGACUGGCAACACCCCCUGGACUCCUCGCCUGCCGCUGCCACUGGUGCUGUUGUUGCUGGCGCUGGUGGUGGCGGCAUGAAGUGGGUGGAGUGGCGGGUGCGGGUGCAGCCACAGGCGCGCACAGUGAACGUGCUGCCACACCGAGGGGACUGGAAGGACUGCACGUGGGCGAUAGACAUGGCAGCGCUGCCCUCACCACCACCGUCCUCCCCCCUCGCCCCGCGCGGCCCCACAGUGUGGCUCAUCUCCGACUGCCAGCGCCCCUUCCUGCACGCCCCCAACCUCGACCGCCUCCCCAAGGGCAGUUUGGAUCUAUUCAAGGCGCACUGGGUGUCCGCGGACGAGAUUGCAGUGGACUGGGACUACAGCGAGAGUGACUAUGGCGAGCAGAUUCUCUUCGCCCUGCAUGCCAGUGAACCCGCCUCACUCUCGCUCACAGCGGACGGUGUGCAAGGAGCGGACGCCGUGAUUCCCCUCACGCUGGACCCUGCUGGCCUCUCACCUGCUGUGCGCAGCAAGUUCCCGCACCUCGCGACCUUCACGUGCCUGCGCCUGCCCGCCACCCCCCUCCCCCACCUGCACCACCUGCUUGCCUCACAGACUGCCCUCUCCUGUUCCUCUGCAUCCGGCACGCCCAUGGACGCCACGUGCCUGCAGCUGGCAGGGGCACUGGACGCACUGUGUGGCUACGAGGGGCCGCUGGGAGCGCACGUGGAGAAGCAGGGGGGGGGCUGGUGGUCCGGUGGCAGUGGCAGCGUGAGCAUUCACGUGUGGGCGCCUACAGCUCAGGAGGUAACGCUGCUGCUGUGCGACCAGCCACAUGCAUCCCCUCCUGUGGCGCGCCAGUCCAUGGAGAGGGGCAGUGAGGGCCAGUGGAGCGCGCAGGGCCCCAUGGCAUGGCAGGGCAUGUACUAUCAGUACGAGAUCCGGGUCUUCCAUCCCUCCACCAAUAGGAUCGAGACAUGUGUCACCACGGACCCUUACUCCCGCGGUCUCUCAGCCAAUGGAGAGCGCUCACUGGUGGUUGACCUGAGUGAUGCCUCGCUGGCGCCGUCUGAUUGGUCUAACUUGCAUCGCCGCAAGCCGCCCCUGCACUCGUUUUCAGACGUGUCCAUCUACGAGCUUCACAUCCGUGACUUCAGUGCGUGCGACCCCUCGGUGCCAGAGCCCCACCGCGGAACGUACCUCGCCUUCACCCACCUCCAAUCACAGGGCGCGCAGCACCUCACUCAGCUGGCAGGCAGCGGCCUAACCCACCUGCACCUGCUGCCAGCCUACGACUUCGGCUCGGUCAACGAGGACAAGACCACCUGGCAGGCCGUUGAUGAGCCCUCCCUCAGGAGCUACUCGCCUGACUCGGAUCGCCAGCAGGCAGCUGUAGCAGCCGUGAAGGAUGUAGACGCGUACAACUGGGGGUACGACCCGGUGCACUGGGGUGUGCCAGAUGGCAGCUAUGCCACCCACGCUGAUGGCGCUGCUCGCACCCUCGAGUUCCGCUCCAUGGUGCAGGCAGUGAACGGCAUGGGACUGAGGGUGGUGCUGGAUGUGGUCUACAACCACCUCUACGCCAGCGGCCCUCACAGCCCCUUCUCCGUGCUCGAUAAGGUGGUACCCGGGUACUACAUGCGGAGGGACGUGGAGGGGCGCGUGGAGAGCAGUGCGUGCUGCAACAACACGGCGAGUGAGCAUGCCAUGGUGGAGCGGCUCAUAGUGGAUGAUGUGGUCAUGUGGGCCACGCAGUACAAGGUGGAUGGGUUCCGGUUUGACCUCAUGGGGCACCUCAUGAAGCACACCAUGCUGCGCAUCCGAUCGGCACUGGACGCACUCACAGUCGAGGAGCAUGGGGUGGACGGCAAGGCCAUCUACCUGUACGGCGAGGGGUGGGACUUUGGCGAGGUGGCGAAUAACAACCGGGGGGUGAACGGAGCACAGGCAAACCUGCAUGGCACGGGCAUCGGCAGUUUCAACGACCGGUUCCGCGAUGCAGUGAUCGGGGGGUCGCCCUUCGGCAAUCCACAGCAGCAGGGCUUCGCCUCGGGCCUCCUGCUGCUCCCCAACGAGUACGAGGAGAGCGAGCGGCAGCGGGAAUACAGCUCCAGCAACAGUGGCAGCAGCAGCGGCAGCAGCAGUGGGGAGGAGAGCGGGGGCGAGGGGGGGUCAUCAGUGGCGUGGUGGCGGCGGCGUCUGGCGGAGAGUGUGGAUGUGAUCCAGGCAGGGAUGGCGGGCAACCUCAGAGAUUUUGCUUUCGCCUCUCAUGCCACUGGCGCGCAGGUGUGUGCUGCAGAGCAGGUGUGUGCUGCAGUGCAGGUGUGUGCUGCAGAGCAGGUGUGUGCUGCAGUGCAGGUGUGUGCUGCAGUGCAGGUGUGUGCUGCAGAGCAGGUGUGUGCUGCAGUGCAGGUGUGUGCUGCAGAGCAGGUGUGUGCUGCAGUGCAGGUGUGUGCUGCAGUGCAGGUGUGUGCUGCAGUGCAGGUGUGUGCUGCAGUGCAGGUGUGUGCUGCAGUGCAGGUGUGUGCUGCAGUGCAGGUGUGUGCUGCAGUGCAGGUGUGUGCUGCAGUGCAGGUGUGUGCUGUAGUGCAGGUGUGUGCUGCAGUGCAGGUGUGUGCUGUAGUGCAGGUGUGUGCUGCAGUGCAGGUGUGUGCUGUAGUGCAGGUGUGUGCUGUAGUGCAGGUGUGUGCUGCAGUGCAGGUGUGUGCUGUAGUGCAGGUGUGUGCUGUAGUGCAGGUGUGUGCUGCAGUACAGGUGUGUGCUGCAGUACAGGUGUGUGCUGUAGUGCAGGUGACAGGAGGGCAGCUGUACACCUUUGGGGGCUCGCCUGUGGCAUAUGCAGCAAGCCCUUCUGAAUCGGUGACAUACGUGUCGGCGCAUGACAACGAGACACUCUUCGACAUCAUCACCAUCAAGGCAGCAGCAGCAGCAACCCCUCAGCAGCGCGUGGCGAUGAACCGCGCAGCAGCAGCAGCGACCCCUCAGCAGCGCAUGGCAAUGAACCGAGUGGGCAUGGCGGUGGUGGCAUGGGGGCAGGGCGUGCCGUUCAUCCAUGCGGGCGACGACCUGCUGCGCUCCAAGUCACUCGACCGCGACUCCUACAACUCAGGCGACUGGUUCAACCGGCUGGACUGGUCGGGUGGCAGCAGCAACUUUGGCGUGGGGCUGCCCCCCCAUGAGAAGAACGGCGACAAAUGGGACAUGAUGCGUCCGCUCCUGGCCAACCAAUCGCUGCGCCCCACGUCAGCAGACAUUGGUGCCACGUCACGCUACCUGCGCAUGCUGCUGGCCGUGCGCUACUCCUCGCCGCUCUUCCGCCUGCCCUCGCUGGAGCUCGUUCAGGAGCGAGUGCGAUUCCUCAACGUGGGCCCCACAGCGCUGCCAGGGGUGAUAGUAAUGAGUGUGACUGAUGGCGACGCUGGCUCGGGCAUGGCCCAGCUGGACUCCAGGUUCCGCAUGCUGGUGCUGGUGGUGAGCAUGCAGCCCCAACCUGCCCACCUGCACCUGCCGUCCCUGCUCUCACGCAACCUUGUUCCACACCCACUGCAGGAGCAGCAUGGCAUGGUCCCAGCAGUGCCAGGAGCAGGCCCCUGGUUCCAAGCAGACACGGCCAUGCUGACUGUACCACCACUGGCCGCCCUCGCCCUAGUGGAGAUGAGGGAGUGA